AUGAAGCCAGCCACGUCCUUCUUCCUCGCCGCCCUGGUGUCGCGCGCCCUCUCCCAGGAAGAGACCAGCACAGUCACCCAGUCCAUACCAGCAACAACCACGUCCUCGGGCGAGGCAGCCGACGGCUCCGCCGCCUGCGCCGCCUCAGCCCUGUCCCUGCUCGCCGCCCUCCCCACCCUCCCGGCCGGGGCCGCCUCCUUCGCCCUCACGGCCGCGACGACCAGCCCCUCCCAGGAUCCCUGCGCCCUGACCUGGCCCGCGAGCCUCUCCUCCGACGUCCUCGGCUACGAGUCCGCCGUCGCCUCCUUCGUCUCCGACCGCCGCAGCGAGCUCGCCGCCCUCGCGGCGGACUGCACGGACCUCGUCGACGGGCCCGCCGGCAGCGUCAUCUGCUCGACCGAGGCGAGGCACGUCUUCACGGGGGACGGCACGACGACAACUGAGUCGACGCAGACGCAGACGAGCACGACCGAGACGACGGGGACCGAGACGGACGAGGACGGCGCGCAGGAGACGGGCGGUGAGGACGGUGAUAGCCUGGCUGGCCGUGCCGGGGCCAACGUGUAUGCUGUUGGGGCCUUGGUUGGCGUUCUCGGUGUCGCUGCUGCGCUGUGA